AUGCCCGCCGCGGUGCACCAACUGCCUGGGGAGGACAGCUUUAAAAGGUCGGAGGAGGAGAAGAAGGACAUCUCGCCGGGUUUCUUUUGCGACGAGCGCGGCUAUUUGAAUCAGGUGGCUUUCAUUCUGGAGCAUGGACGCAAGAAGGGAGACCGGACCGGGACCGGCGUCAUCUCGGUGUUCGGCUCCCAGGCUCGAUACAGCCUCCGCGAUCAAUUUCCUUUGCUGACAACCAAGAAAGUAUUCUGGAAGGGAAUCCUUGAAGAGUUGCUUUGGUUUAUCAAAGGUUCGACGAAUUCCAAGGAGCUUUCUGAGAAGGGCGUGAAGAUUUGGGACGCCAACGGCUCACGCAGCUUCCUGGACAAGUGCGGCUUCACUGAACGCGAAGAGGGCGACUUGGGUCCCGUCUAUGGUUUCCAGUGGCGCCACUUCGGUGCAGAAUACACUGACAUGCACGCCGAUUACACCGGGCAAGGCGUGGACCAGUUGCAGAAAGUUAUUGACACCAUUAAGAGUAAUCCAGAGGACAGGCGCAUCAUCAUGUGUGCGUGGAACCCUAAAGACCUUCCUCUAAUGGCGCUACCGCCAUGCCACGCCCUCUGCCAGUUCUACGUGUGCGACGGUGAGCUGUCGUGCCAGCUCUACCAACGCUCUGGCGACAUGGGCUUGGGCGUGCCAUUCAACAUCGCCAGCUACGCGCUCCUCACGUACAUGAUCGCCCACAUCACAGGACUCAAGCCCGGAGACUUUGUGCACACACUAGGGGACGCGCACGUCUACGUCAACCAUAUUGAUCCGUUAAAAGUGCAGCUGCAGAGGGAGAUCCGACCCUUCCCAAAAUUGAAGAUCCUGCGUAAAGUGGAGCGCAUCGACGAUUUCCGCACAGACGACUUUGAAAUCGUGGACUAUAACCCGCACCCGGCCAUCAAGAUGGAGAUGGCCGUGUGA